CAUGAUGUCGAACACACCUUGUGUUUGACGCGCUGUGACGUUCAGCAGCUCCACCGAAGCAAACAAAGGAGGAUGCCGAUCUGCAUGCGGCAGCCAAAUCCCGUUAAAAUGAUGUUAUUGUGUUCCAUAGCGUCGAAAUAGCACGCAACCAUGUAAUAACUGUGCAUUAUCAUAUGGAUAAAUGAAGUGGCGCAGGAUCUGCUGGAGGACGCGGGGGGAGAGAAAGAAUGUACUGGGUUGCUGGUUUCGCCUCCUCCCGGUCGCUCGUGAUUGAUCUCGGCCGAAAUCAGAGCCCGUCCUUCGGCUUAUGUGGCUCUGAUGAACAGCACUUAUUUUAUGGGUAUGUAGUAGCCGUUCCGCUGCAGGAUUUCGGUGGGAUCAUGUCGGGAUUGGUGUCGGAUUCCUGGUGGAAGAAGACCCUGUAUAUCACCGGCGGAGCGCUGCUGGCUGCCGCGGCAUAUCUGCUACACGAGCUCCUUUCCAUCAGGAAAGAGGAACAGCUGGAUUCUAAAGAUGCCAUCAUCCUCCACCAGUUCUCCAGGCCAAAGAACGGAGUGCCAAGCCUGUCACCUUUUUGCCUGAAAAUGGAAACCUAUUUGCGCAUGGUUGAUCUGCCCUAUCAGAACUACUUUGAUGGAAGUCUGUCUGCUCAGGGCAAGAUGCCGUGGAUUGAGUAUAACUAUGAGCAGGUGUGUGGAACUGAAUUUAUUAUUGAUUUCCUCGAGGAUAAACUCGGUAUGAGUUUAAACAAGAGUCUGAGCCCUCAGGAACAGGCAGUAGCGCGGGCCAUCACCACAAUGGUGGAGGAACAUUUGUACUGGACCAUGGCAUAUUGUCAAUGGGUGGAUAAUGUUCAUGAAACUCAGGAGAUGCUGGACUUUCCUGGACCCCUCAGUGAUCUGCUCAAAUGGAUUAUGUGCCACCUGACAGGUGGAAUAGUGAAGAGGGAGAUGUAUUGUCACGGUAUUGGCUGCUUUACUAAAGAGGAGGUUUACACCCUCAUGGAGAAAGACAUGCGCACACUGGCCACGCUGUUAGGCGAUAAGAAGUACAUCAUGGGUCCCAAGCUGUCCAGUGUGGAUGCUACAGUGUUUGGUCACCUUGCACAAGCCAUGUGGACGCUGCCUGGCACACGGCCUGAACAGCUUAUUAAAGGAGAACUGAUCAACUUGGCCAUGUACUGUGAGCGCAUACGAAGAAAGUUCUGGCCUGAAUGGUUUGUGGACUUAGAAGACUUCUGUUAUGACAGCGAUAGUGACACCACCAGCGGGACGCCCAGCUGCCAGCUAGACCUUGGCCUCUUUUCUAGGACAGACACUUUUGAAGAAAGUGAACUAAGCGCUCUGUCACAUGCUGACACACACUCGCAAGCCUCGGAGCACUCCGGACGCUCCCUCUCUGACUCUGAUAUUGAAGUAGAUGGUUCAGAUGUUGAGCAGCAGGUCAAGGGUUAAAUCAUAUGACAUCUGGCCUUUCUCAGACACCACUGGCUAUAUUUAAGGGAUGAACAUUUGUUAUAAUGGGUCACAUUUUGGUCCACAAUUUCCAGUCUUUGAUGGAGUACAGAGCGUAUGUGUAUGUGUGAGAUAAUAGGAGCUUCAACAUGAUGUCAGCCAUGGAUGUUUAUGAGAUUUACAUCACAGAAGUUGGACGCUCAGUUGAGCUCCCUUGGUGAAACAUCUUGGAAUGGUCGCAAUAUGUGAGUCACAGAAAAAAACCUCUCAGUUCCACUCAGAAAUCUUGGCUGUUUCAAUCUGGCUUCAGUUUUUUAAGAAAACCAACUUCUCUGUUGUUUGCCAGUUAAGUUUGGUGCAGUUCAGGUAGAGCCAGGAGAGGUGUACAUUGAUGUAACCCAGUGUUUUACUGCUAUAAUGCUGUAUAGCCUGAAGUGCAGCAACGCCAUUGUUACAAAGAGCAUCCCUAACUUUAAAUACUGUCAAAAAAGAUUUAUUGCUUAUUUGUUUGCUUAGCUCUUUAAAAUAAUAUUUUUUAUUGACAUUUAGAACAGAAUUAUGGCCGAAACAUAUUAGCUUGCUUGAUCCGGGACGUUUGUGUAAAGUUGACAAUUAGAAUUUGAUUUGAUUUGUGCCAACGGAAACUAAAGUUGUGCCCUCGCUUUUUUAACCCUGAUCAUUCCCGCUUCCAGAUCAGUCGAAAAAUAUAUGAUGGGAUUCAUAAGAAAUGACAAAAUGAAUUUAUUAAACAAUUACACUGCAAAUAUGAAUUUCUUAAUUGGGUCAUUUUGCUCAAGAAAAUGCAUUUUAAAUGUAAGAAUUUUUCGGUUAUUUGUACUGAAAACAAGACAAAAAUACUAAGAAAAUAAGUCUAAAUUUUAGACAAAAUAAAUACAAUUUAAGUGAAUUUUUGCUUAAAAAAAUUUAAGAAAAAAGCUAACUUAUUUCAAUUUUUUUUUACCCCAUUGGCAGAUUUUUUUGCUUGUUUUAGGCACAAAUUCACUUAAAUUGUAUAUGUUUUUGUGAGCAAAAUCACCUAAGAAAAUAAGUCUAGUUUUUAGACAAAAAAAGCAUCUUGAUUAAAGGAUUUUUUUGUUAUUUGUACUGAAAACAGGUAAAAAUACUAAGAAAGAAAGUAACUUUUGCUGUUUAAAGGGAUAGUUCAUCCAAAAAGAAAAAUUCUCAUGUUGUUACAAACCUGUGUAAUUUUUUUGUCUGAUAAACGAUAUUUUGAGAAACCAAUCAGAAGGCUCAUUGACUUCCAUAGUUUUUUUCCUACUAUGGAUGUCAGUGGGGCUUCUGAUUGGUUUUGUUACAAACAUACCUCAAAAUAUAUAUUUUUGUGUUCAUCAGAACAAAACAUUUUUAUACAGGUUUGUAACAACAUGAGGGAGAGUAAAUGAUGACAGAAUUUUCAUUUUUGGGUGAACUAUCCCUUUAAUGUUGCUUUUUCAAGCUUUAAAUCGCUUAAGAAAAGGUCAACUUAAUAAAACAUGUCAUCAGUCACAAACACAACAGAAGAACUUUAAAUGAUGUCCUGUUUUUUUUCUUUUCAAUUUUUUUAUGAUGAAACUUAAAUAUGUUCCACUAAUUGCACAGACAACCGCAAUGAGUACAUUAUUUAAAAUUCUCCUUUUGUGUUCCACCAAAGAAAGUAAGUCAAGUAUAGUUUUGAAAUGACAUAAGGGUGAAUAAACAAUGACACGUUAAUUAAUUCAAAUGCAGAAAUUACAAAGUGAUCCCAAUUUUUAUACAUAUUUAGGCUGAGUAAUGCAAUAAAAUCCAAUUCCUUUACAUUAUUUUUAUUUAUUAUGGCUGUAGUGUAUCAUCAGUUUCAGCUGACUCUUGAUCAGACUGAAUGGUGCUUGAUGCCCAUGUGCCUGACUGCAGCCAAACCUUCCCCUUCACCCCCCUGUGCCAUUCCUGAUAGUGAUGCUGGAUCUCUAAUUAAUGCCUGUGUUCUUACAUGCUACCACUAGAGGGCACUGUGACCAUUUACACGGUGGUCCUAUGCAGACCCUUGUGUUGCCCUUACAGCCACCCCGCUAGCUUUUGCCUUAAAAGAACAUUUUAAAAUAUCAAUAAUACCCAAGGUGUAUGAACAAUAGCAAACACUAAACAGUCAUCAACUUUGUUGGUGUAGGAGUUAGUCUGAUUAUGCAUAAGAGGUGUAAAAAUGUCUUCUUUCAAAUGUGUGAUUUGUGUACCAAAGUGUAGCGUGCGUAAUCUUAUGCAGAUUUGCCUUAGUUGAGGGAAAUGGUAAUGUGAUAGACAGUCGCAUGAAGAUUUCCUCUUUCUUUUGAAUUUACUUGAAACCCGAGCCAAUAUAAUCAAUUUAUUUAAACAUUUCUAGCUUUUAUGCAGAGUUAUGUUGUUUAUUUUCAUUGUUGUUUUGCACACUUUAAAUUAUUGAAAAAUUUUGGACAAUGUAAAGCUAUAGAUGGGAAACUUAGGGGAAACAAAUAGCACUGUAACAGGGUCCAUACAAUCUGUGUGUGUGAGAUAUGGAUACCUGCAAUACAUCAUUUACCUGCAUGCGUGUGAAUCUACAUGUUAAAAUCCUCUAUCAAGUGUUUAUUGUCUAUAUAGAAUUCCUCUAUAUAUCUUUAUCCCUUGAGUCUGGUUGAACAUGGGGAUGAACAAACCCAGUCCCCCAUGGAUCUUGUGUGUGUAAAUAUUACAUAACUUGCAACUUGGAUACGAAGUAUCACAGUAUGAAAGAUAUCUUGAAAAAACACUCACCUAAAUAUUGCCUUUUGACCCCUGAUAAGUUACGAAAAAGUUCAAUUUUUAAACCAUGCAUGAAUAGAUCCUCUCCACUAUUUUUUAAUGUACCCUGUGAUUUAUGUUUAUUUGCAGAAUAUGCAUUGUAGAUGUUACUUUGUGUUAAGAACAUAGCUGGAUUAUGUUCUUAUUUGAAAAGAAGAAGAGAUCUGUCAAAGUCUGUUUUGCUAUAAAUUUGUUUUUUAGCUUUUUAAAGUUAAUUUCCUGUCUGAAAGUAAAAUGAUGGUUGUAAACACAUACAAUAAUCUACCUAAUCUGAAUCAUCUACAAAAUAUAACAGAUCUUCCCAUGGGUGUUUUAUAGAUAGCUGGAACUGAGUGGUUGGUUACCAAUGAUUUCUCCAAAACAUCAAUUAAAUAGCUGUGACAAUUUUAAAGUAUGUGUGUAUGAGUUUAUUAUUUUCAAUGAAUAACACAGCUCACAGUUUUGUAUUCCUGCCUUUUUUGUUGUUUAAUGGCAUGUUAUUUAUUUAUUCAGCAUGUCUGUCCUCUGAUAAUGCACAUUAAUGCUAAACACAUUCAUAAUUUUUUAUACACUUUCAGGAAAAAGGUACAAAAGCUGUAAUUGGGACGGUACUACUGUAGGGGUGGACCAAUAAAUUCCGAUAUACAUUAAUAAUACGGCACGUGGCCGAUUCUUAAUCGCACAGCCGAUAAUGAUCAGUAAGUCCUUAUCGAUCUUAUAACAUGCAUUUGAAAAAGCAAAACUCGUAACCAUUAUACAUAUUCUUUAUUAUCAUGAAAAUACCUGAAGAACAGAAAUAUAAAUAUAUUUCCUGGAGCUGCGUGGUCUAUAGUUCCUCGUCUGCAGCGCACAUUGAGUUUCUGCACAAGAGCGCCCCCUGGCUUUUGGAUGUAGCGGCAUUUCACCUAAUACAUUGAGAAGCUUAGUAAGCAUCAUCGGACGAUAUAUCGGUGCACCCCUAGACGGUACCAUUUAAAAAACGUCUUUAAUUGUACCAUUUAGUUACCAAUAUGCACUCUUUCGUU